AUCCUUCGAUCCAGAGAAAGAGAGAGAGAGACCCUUCACCAAUAAAUACAAUUACCCUCCACCAAUUCAACCCAACACCCUUUCAAUCUCUAUAUAAACAUCCAUUCAUCUUUCCCCUUCAUUCACUCCCAACAAUGGAUUGCUUAGUCCUCCUCCUCCCCUGCUACGUCAUGAAGAGACGACGCCGGAGAACCGCCCCACGCCUCCCCUAUCGCCGCCUCAACAAAUCGGAGAGCCUGGUAAGGGUGGUGGUGGGAAAGGAGAGGACAGAAUUCCUGGUAGACCCAUUUGUGUUAGAAGAAAACCCUUUUCGGGUUCUGAUGGAAAAGGGAAGAUUCGAAGAAAAACAGGGGAAAAGAAGAAGGGAAGAACACAUAAUAUUUGUCGAUGUUGAUGCUAUUUUGUUCGAGCACUUCCUUUGGCUCAUCUACAACGAUUCUUCCUCUUUGCUUACCCUCAAUCUAGACGAAAUUCUCCACUUUUAUUCUCAAGAUUUUUAACUCAAUAAUCAGAAUAAUCAUGAGUUUACGAUCAAUGAAUACUAUUUCUUAGAA